CAUAAAAAAGUGCAAGAACGUUAUGAAGCACUAACGGAAACAUUAAAAAAUCGUGUUACUCUCCGGAAUGAUAGCGAAGAAAAAGUGAAAGUGCUUGCUGCCAGAUUGCAGAAUAUUGAAAAAUGCCUAAGUUCAACGAAUUGUAAAGGAAAAACGUUAGAAGAAACGCUCAGCAAUCUGUUGGGUGAACGCGAUGGCUUGAUCAAUGCCGAAAAAAUGGCGGUAAAUUUCCGAUAA